GUGGCCGCCAGCAGUGCACCGCGUAUGCAUCAGAAUACUCCAAGUUUUUUUAACCAUGUCGGACGUCGCACAUGCGCAGUAGCGUGACAAACGUCAGUCGGUAUCAUAUGGUACGCGUGAUGAUGGGGUUGUCGUGCUUGCAGGCGCCGCAGGACACGAAAAGAAUUUUUUUAUUAAAACUGAAAGAGAGAAUAUUUUUGUAGUGCGUUUACAAUAUACAUUGUAUUAAUAAUUUGUACAAUUUCGUUAAUCGCGCAUCCAAAUGAUAAUAUCCUGCUUUUUAAAAUCCCUGAAAUAUACGUUUCAUCGAUUGCUUUAAAUUAGCUUGAGCUCAUGCCGCGUAAAUCUAAGAUAUUUCCAAUCACAAUAUCGUUAUAUCGAUAUUUUCUGUAAAAAGAAUAUAAUGAUCUCUCGCGAAGGCGGUUUCAUUCAUUAUACUCUAUUAAUUACGUGCUUCUCCAUCCUUCUUGUUUGUUGAUCAUCAUAGAUAAGAUAUCGCGAGAAGCGUAUUCUAAGAGACGCCGAAAUCUCUCUCCUCUCUUUCCCGGAGAACGUUCAUCAUGAUAGGAGUCUCCACGGGUGUGAUUAUAUUGUUCGGUUUUCUGCUUGCAGCAGCUCACUCAAGAGAGGAGCGUUUAUCGUGCUACGAGUGCAAUACGGAUUUAAGACAAGGUCAUAAGGGAGAUUGUAAUGACCCUUACACGCCUGGUGAUCUAGUCGCCUGUCCGCAGAAUGAGCCUCACCGUUGCCAUAAAAGUAUUGUAUUGUAUAAAAAUAUUUUAAUUACGGUACGAGCCUGCGUAUUAUCUCGUCAGGUCGACGGGUACUGCAACUACGAAGAUCGUUUUCCGCAGUCGAGUAUCGAGUGUUAUUUCUGCGAAGAAAACGGCUGCAAUGGUAAACGGCCACUUGAGCCGACGUCAGAGUGGUGCCUUGGAUUAUUAGUAGUCAUUUCAUGGAUGUUAACAUGAAGUUUAUAUAUACACGUAAAAUGGACUUCAAAAGUAUCCGAAAAUAUUUGUAUAAAAAUAAAAAUAUUUGUAAUAAAAUAUGAAAGAUGGAAUCGAAGUUGAAAACAUUAUUUUUGCGCUAUAUUAAUUAAGAAGGAAUCAGUUUUCAUGAUGCCCCUGCUGUACUUUCGUUUUGUAAAGAAUAGAAAUAUAUUUUUAUAUUAAUUGCACAAUCAUUGACAAACAACAAAUUUUCACAAAUUAGCCUUUGGAUGUACUAUAUACUGUAGAUAACAACAGCGCGCUUAAUGAAGCAGUUAAUUUAAUGGUACGAUCACUUAAACUUGAUUAUAUACAUCAAUGUUUGCGAGAAACGCGAUGCAAGUAAGAAAUAUGCACGGCUCCUUCGAUCAGUUCAGUUGUAAUUAUAAUGCAAAUGGAUUUAAUUAGGAAGAUUGGACGAAGCAAGAUUGUUGAUACGGUAAACACGGGACGAUGUGACAGAUGGUUUCAUUGUUUCUGAACAUUCAAGUUCCUAUUUAACAUAAGUGAACGUUUGUCUACUGUAUUAAGUUGAUUUUUAUGCAUAUAUGUAUAGUACAUGUUCUAGAUGCGUGAUAAGAUAAUCGAAAAAUGAACGUUUCAGGUGAUAUCUUGCGCUGUAUCACAACAUGUGUCACAGCAAAGCAUCUUAUUUAAACAUUUUUGUAAAAUGAUGUCGAGAGAGAACGGAGAUAUGUAAAGGCAAUUAGGAAGAUUUAAGAAAGCUUCCUUCUUAAUCUAUUAUGAAUUUGAAUAUUUUCAUACGCCCGACCGGAAGAGCCUGUUGUCGAAAAUUAAACAGCCUUAUACGUGGAGAAGCAGUCGCUAAACAAGCCACGGACUUCCAGAUACGCGACGUCCACUCCUGUAAUGCUUGCAGCAAGCUUUAUUUUAUGUGUGUAAUACGUGCACAUAUACACAUCUGACAUAUGAAUGUACGGUGCGGAAACGAUUACCAAGGGAAGCAGGUCAAAUGCUGGAGUCAAGUCGGUAAUAUCUAGCAGGGUUAAACGCUUUUCUGACCUCUGACAAGUCCUCUCAAUAAGUCGGCAGGCUUCGCUUUGCAGUGUCGAGUUAAAUACUCCGUUUAUCUCAAAUGCGUUCCGAAAAUUAUCUCGAAAGAUGCAAGAAGUCGAAACAAGAGAAAUUUUAUCUUGGCGAAUCUUUUGUUGCACUCUCCCAUUUCGUGCGCGCUCAUCAGAAUAAUAAUAAUAAUAUUUAAAAGGAAAUCGUCAAAGUUAGUUUUGUUGACUGACCAAAAAUGACAUUUCUCUUCCGAAAAUAAAUAAUAUUCCAAGGAAAGAUAAAUUUAAGAAUAUUUAAUUGAACGGGAAUAUCAAGUGUAUUAGUUUGCUAAAUAUAUCUUGUUUGCACACUACUUGGUACAUUUAUAACUGACACAUACGUGUUACACAUAUUAAAUGUACGUACUCGCGUUACACGCAAAGAAGAAACGACGCAUUAGGCGAAGAAGAUUGCAGAUUUCAUGUUCGCGACUGGCCGAAAGGCAGAGAGAGAAGGAGUAAUAGGGAGGAAGGCGGAGAGGGAAAGGAAAAAGAGUGCUCUUGGUAAAGAGGGUGUUGGUUCCUCAGUACCACAGUGGACACGUUGGACACCGGCAGUUCUCAAACGGUCAUCAGGAUUGCUCAGUAACACCCACCGUCAUUUUCGAGAAUAAUCAGAUUUCCACGAUUUUCCGGAAUCGGUUUUGUGAUUUUAAACGAUCGCAUUUGAUA